GGGAGAAGUUGGACCUGGCAUGGGGAUGACAGACUCCAGGGCUGCUAUCCCAGAGCAGUCUCUCUGAAGAAGAAGGACGGUCCCACUGGAGACACAGCAGUACUGUUUCAUGGUAGGGUGUAGAAAAGUGAAUUAACUGACUACACUUAUCCAAAGAGCUGAAAAGAGAACUAAAAUUACCUGGGUCCAAAAUCUAUGUCCUCCUGUUCAGGGACACACAUGGCAUGGUCUUUUAAAUGCCCUGGCAACCCAAAUCCGAGUCCCGGAGACCCGGAGUCCAGAGCUGCUUCUGUACAGGCCUAUGUAUCUAAUUUAUAUAACGGGGAUAUGCCCCCCACUCCAGUAAUCUGCACGUAGGAUGCCACUGGCUCCUGAUGUCCUUCCCAAUCCCUGCGGAAGCUGGCCAGGAGGAUGAUGGCUCCCGGUGCCCGCUCCUCCAGGCCAGAAGGGUUUUCCUGGCUCCCGGUGUCCGUUCCUGCCGGCCAGGCCGGCUCGGGCUCUCGGCAGGCCGCAUCCAAGAUAUCCACCCCGAUUAAGCAUCAAGUACUACAACCGGGAUCUGCGGCACGCAGGCGACCCCCGCGCUCGCCCGCCUGAAGGCGAAAGCCCGUCAUACUGGCCCGAGAGCCGCAGUUUUGGGGUGAAAGGCGGUGAUUUCGGCAAACCCGCGGCCCACGCAGCCUGCUAGCGGCGCCGCCAUUGCUGAGGAAGCCGAGCGGCGCUGCGGACACGCCCCCCAUGGGCAGGCACGAGCAGCGGGGCCAAUGGGAAGCCCCGCGCCGUCACUCGCGCCCAAUAGGAAACGGCGCUCGGCGACCGGUGGGGCGCGCGGCGCCGCACGUGGUGACGGAGGUGCACGUGGGCAGCGGCCAUGGCGGGCUCUCCGGAGGCGGCGGAGGAGGCGGAGCAGGGCCCGGAACCCCCUGCCGGGGGCGCGGUGCAGCGGGGGAAGAGGGCUGCCCCGGGAGCCGCAGCCCCGCAGCCGGCCAAGCUGAGCCGCGCCGAGCUCUACAAGCCGCCGACCAGCGAGGAGCUGACCCAGCUGAAGGAGACGGAGGAUCUGUUCCACUCCAGCCUGCUCCGCCUGCAGAUCGAAGAGCUUUUGAAGGAGGUGACAUUGAAGGAGAAAAAGAAGAAGAAGAUCGAUGCCUUCCUCCAUGAAAUUAACAGCCUGCUGAGCACCAUCCCAGAGACUCCAGAAACUGAACUCACUGACCAGGCCUGGCUCUCCCAGGAUGUGAAAGUCCCGUUCCUGCAGGUGCCAUUCAAUGUCAAGGGAAGAUUCCGCUUCGUGCCCCCAGCCGAGCUGAAGGUGGUGGGCAGUUACCUGCUGGGCACCUGCGUCAGGCCAGAGAUCAACGUGGACAUUGCAGUGACCAUGCCACGGGAAAUCUUUCAGGACAAAGAUAACCUGAAUCAACGCUACCACCGGAAGAGAGCCCUGUACCUGUCCCACAUUGCCCAGCAUUUCUCCAAGGAGAAGCUCUUUGGCAGUGUGAAAUUUGCCUACAUGAACAGCAACCAUUUGAAGCCCAUCCUGCUCCUGAGGCCUCAAGGCAAGGAUGAGAAGAUUGUCACUGUCCGACUCCAUGCUUGUCCUGACGCGGAUCUCUUCAAACCCAGCCGCUUCUAUCCCAGCAAGAACAACGUCCGGACCGCCUGGUUCAUGGAGCAGAGCACCCCCAAAGAAGGAGCCACCGAGCCCCCGACCCCGCACUACAACAACUCCAUUCUCUGUGACACAGUGAUGCUCCCCCACCUGCAUUUCCUGUCUAAUGCAGCCACGGACUUUCCAGGCAUGAAAGAUGGCCUGGCCCUCCUCAAAGUUUGGCUGAAUCAGCGGCAGCUCAGCAAGGGCUUGGGGUGCUUCAGUGGCUUCUUGGUCUCCAUGCUUGUUGCCUACCUGCUGAUGAAGCGCAAGAUUGUCAAGAUGAUGAGUGGCUACCAGGUGUUGAGGAGCACUCUGCAAUUCCUGGCCACCACUGACCUGAGUGUGACAGGGAUCAGUCUAGCCAAGGAUGCUGAUCCCUCCCUGCCUGUCCUGGAUGAUUUCCACCAGGCAUUUGAAGUGGUCUUUGUGGAUCCCUCUGGGCUGGUCAAUCUCUGUGCUGAUAUGACUGCCAGCAAAUAUCACCAGGUCCAGUUUGAAGCCAAGCGCUCUAUGGAAAUUUUGGAUGACCGGAUGGUGGAUGGCUUUCAGGUGCUGCUCAUGACCCCGAAGCCCAUGCUCAGGACCUUUGACCACGUCUUCCACCUGAAGCAUGUCUCCAAGCUGCAGGGUACCUGCAAGAAGAUGCAGCUGCUGAAUGAGCUGAUGGAUCGGGGUGGGAACUAUGUGGCUGCGGCCCUGCCCUUUGUUGUCUCGCUGCUGGCACGUGGUCUGUCCCAGAGAGCUCAGCUUGUGGCUCACUCCCUGCCCCAGAUCCCCGAGUGGCCAAUUGAUGCUGAGCCCCCAAAACACAAGGAUGUUGGGCCCUUGACGUUUGGUCUCCUGUUUGUCCCAGAGUUUGCUACCAGCACGCUGGAGAAGGGUCCUCAGGCUGAUCACCCCAAGGCAUUGGAGUUCCGGACUUUUUGGGGAGAGAAGUCAGAGCUGCGUCGGUUCCAGGAUGGCAGCAUCUGUGAGGCUGUGGUGUGGGAGGCCAGCACUGUCUCCCAGAAGCGCCUCAUUCCUGAGCAGAUCAUCAGGCACCUGCUGAAGCUCCAUGCGGACAUUCCUGAGUCGUCCAUCUGCUACACAGGGGCCCUGCUGGAAUCUGUGAUCAGAACUGGGAAAGAGGCAGGGGGAACGGGCGAGGAGGCCCUGGUCAGUGUUGUGUGCUCCUACGAUGACCUGAGCCGCAAGCUGUGGAACCUGAAGGAGCUGCCGCUGACGGUGACGGCUGUGCAGGGUGUCCAUCCAGCCCUCCGGUACACAGAUGUCUUUCCUCCCAUUCCUGUGAAGCCAAUUUAUUCCUUCCAUAACAGAAGCAAGCACUUGCUGCUUCCUUCAGAGGAGAAACCCUGCCCGGCCUACAUAACCCCUUUGAAGAUCAUCUGCCACAUGGAAGGCAGUGGCCAGUGGCCGCAGGACAAAGGAGCCAUCAAGCGCAUCAAGGCUGCUUUCCACCUGCAGCUGGCAGAGCUCCUCCGGCAGCAGCACCAGCUGGUUUGCAGACCUGCAGUCACCCACACUGAUGUGUACAAGGAUGGCUACGUUUUCCGUCUCCAAGUAGCCUACCACCGGGAGCCCCUGAUCUUGAAGGAAGUGGUCACUCCGGAAGGGAUGCUGAAGUACCAGGACACAGAGGAAUCUCGGCAGCUGGAGCUGGAAACAUUGCAUCUGCCCUAUCUAACUAGCUCACUGCAUGGGCUCCAGCAGCAGCACCCUGUGUUUGGCAGCACUUCCCGGCUGGCCAAGCGCUGGAUCAGCGCCCAGCUCCUGAGCGACAGCAUCUCUGAGGAGUGUGUGGACCUGCUUGUGGCAUUUCUCUUCCUCCACCCAGCUCCCUUCACACCACCCAGCUCUCCACAGGUGGGGUUCCUGCGCUUCCUCAACUUGCUGACAACUUUUGACUGGAAAAAUAACCCUCUUAUAGUCAACCUAAACACUGGCCUCACAGAGUCCGACUGCACAGAGAUCAAGAAAAAGUUUGUAGCAGCUCGUGCUCACCUCCCCGUCAUGUUCCUGGCCACCCCCAAGGACCAGUGGAGCUCCAUGUGGACCCGGGAGCGCCCCUCAGCACAGAUCCUGCAGCGCCUUGUCCUGCUUGCCUCAGAGUCUCUCCGUGCCCUGGAGGAGCAGCUCAUGGACCCGCUCAGGGACCAGGAUGUGAAGAUGGUCUUCCGCCCUCCUUUGGACUUCUAUGAUGUCCUGAUCCACCUGAAUCCAAACCAGAUUCCUCGGCUCCUGGAGAGCGUGGACCGUCCGGUGAAAUCGGUUUCCCGUGGCGUGGUGAAGAACAGCUCUGCCACGAAUAUCCUCUUCCCUGUGGUGGAUUAUGAUCCUGUGCAGUUGUACCUCAAAGAGCUGAGGAACGCCUUUGAUGAUCUUGCCUUGUUCUUCUAUGACAAGCAUGGAGGGGAAGUGAUUGCAGUUCUGUGGAAACCUUUGAGCUUCCAGCCUCAGCCUUUUAAGGUCUCCAGCAUGAGGGGAAGGAAGGUGACAACUCUGAACAACGAGCUGGUCUGUGUUCCCAAUGUGGAGGCAAUUCUGGAGGACUUUGAGAUUUUGGGAGAAGGCCUGGUCAAAAGUGUGGAAGCUCGUACAGAGAAAUGGACUAUCUGAAACCACUGAGAGGUGUCAGAGUGGCCUGUCCUCAGGCAGUUUGUUCCUUCUGGGUCUGUUCCCUUCUAUAAAUCAGUCCUAGAAGAGCCUUUUAGCUUCCCAGUACUGUAAUCCAGUACUGUAUGUUUUACUCUAUUUAUCUUUAUAUAUAUGGUUCAGAAAAGCAAUGGAACCUGUUAUUGUUUUCAAGAAUACAAAUGCCUUUUUAUUUUGAAGAAAAUAUAAAGAUGGGAUAAAGUUUUUGAAAA